AUGAUUCUGGCCCGUGGUACAUCCGGGAGAAAGGCGCCCAUGACAACGGGAUCUGAAGUUGUCGACCAAAGGGAAGAUGUGCUGCUCGUCUCAUCAGAUGGACCCAAAGUCCAUAACCAAAAGAUGUCAUCAUAUUCGGUUUUGCCAGGGCUACUGUUUGCUGCCCUUUUCCUGGUACUUUUGAGCUUCACGUGUCUUUCUUCGACAACCGUGACGAAAAACCAACACCCAGAGCUCUUUUGGUUCCAGCUCGCAAACGCACAGCCUUGGAAGCGGCAAACUUGCACCCAGAGAAUAUCAAAGGAAAGCUAUUCGUCAUUACGGGAGCAUAUGGAGGUAUUGGAACGGAAACAACCAAGGCCAUUCUCGGAGCUGGCGGAAGAGUUGUCAUUGGGGGCAGAUCUUCUGACAAGGUCCAGGAGUUUGUAA